AUGAGCUGCUGCAAGAAUGGACCCGGUUAUGCGACACCGAAAGAUGCAAUCAAGGGUCCUCGCGAGAAAGUGAUCUUUGUGACAACUCCUAAUGUUGAUCUUAAUGGAUUCGAUGCUGUGUGCACGGUUGAUGUUGAUCCAGAGAGUCCAACUUAUUGCCAAGUGAUCUCGAAAGUGGAUUUGUCGAAUCGAGGAGAUGAAGUGCAUCACACUGGAUGGAAUGCUUGUUCGUCAUGUCAUGGAGAUCCAUCAGCACAAAGAUCUCACCUCAUCGCUCCUUGUCUGAACUCGGAUCGAAUCUAUAUAAUCAAUGUGAAAGAUCCGAAGAAUUUGAGAUUGGAAAAAGUAAUUCCAUCCGAGAAAUUGAAAGAGCACAACGUUUCAUUUCCACACACAUCUCAUUGUUUGGCUGAUGGAUCGAUUAUGAUUUCAACGCUUGGAGAUGAAAAUGGAAAUAAUAAAGGCAAUUUUCUUCUUCUUGACGGGAAAACGUUUGAACCAAAAAAUCAUUGGAAUUCAAAUGGAAAUCUUCAAUUUAAUUACGAUUUUUGGUAUCAACCACGAAAGAAUGUGAUGAUUUCAACAGAAUGGGGUGUACCGAAUCUCAUCAAAAAUGGCUUUAAUCCGGAACAUUUUCAGAUCGGGAAAUACGGUCACAAUGUGAAUGUGUUUGAUUGGAAGAAUAAAGUGAAGAAACAAACGAUCGAGCUACCACUCCCACAAGGGGCAAUCCCAUUGGAGAUCCGUUUCCUUCACGAACCAUCAUCUCCGGAUUGCUUUGUCGGAGCGGCUCUUGGCUCGUCAAUCUUUCAUUUACAUCCAAGCAAAGAGGAUCCCGAAAAACAAUACGAUAUCUCGGAUCCACAAAAGCCGAAGCUUACCGGACAGCUUUGGUUGGGUGGUUCUUUGCAUACGGAUAGUAGAAUCACCGUUAAAACAAAUGACUUUAAACAGCCACCACCAUUGAUUGUGAAUGGAAAGAGAAUCGAAGGAGCUCCACAAAUGCUUCAAUUGAGUCUCGAUGGGAAAAGGCUUUAUGUCACAACAUCGCUUUAUCGACCAUGGGACGCUCAAUUUUACCCAAAUCUUUUGAAAGAAGGCGGUGUAAUGCUUCAAAUUGAUAUAAAUCCUGAUGGAGGGAUGACACUUAAUCAAGAUUUUCUUAUCGAUUUUGGAAAGAUAGAGGGUGGUCCUUAUGUUGCGCAUGAAAUGAGAUAUCCUGGCGGGGAUUGUACUUCGGAUAUUUGGAUU